CAAUUCGCUGGUGUGUCGUGACAACGCAUGAUCAGCCAUUCUACCUCUGACCUCUUGAGCCUUUCAUGUCGCUUUCCCGCCAACAUACCCAUCUCCUCCGCUCAGGCCCGGUGACCGAGUCCAAACGCAUCGUUCUCCCGAAAACCUUAACCUCCCAGAUCGAUCGAUCGAUCUACUCCCCCUCGCCGGAGGAAUUGAGUUCGCCAUGGCGGAGGCCAUCGUCUCCGCCGUCAUAGGCGACGCCGUCAGCAGGGUGAUCUCCCUCCUCAUGGGACGCUUCGGCGUCGGCCACCACCAGAGCGCCGAGGCCAAGCUGCGGAGGAUCUUCCACACCCUCGUCAGGAUCCACGCCGCGGUGGAGGAGGCCAGAGGGCGGCAGAUCACCAACGGCGGCGCCCUCCAGUGGCUCUCGGAGCUCAUCUACGGCGAGUACCAGGCCCGGUACCUGCUCGACACGGUUGGCCGCGGCGACCGGGACGAGCUCGAGGACACGGACUCCCGCGACGACAAGCAGGUGCCGCCUCCUCCGCGAGAUUCCUCCACGUCCCCGUUCAACCCUGCGAAGCGCGUGCGGCGGGUCGCUGCGAGCGCCGUGAGGAGGGCUCUGUCGCGCCGGGAUCCCGGUGCCGACGGCGACGAGAUCGACAGGGUUCUGGAGAGCUUGCAGGAGGUCUCCGCUCAUCUUGGCGAGUUCAUCCUGCUCCUCCAAGGCUGCCAGCCGAUCCGCCGUCCCCUGCCUACGAGCAUCUUCCUCGACGGGCAGAUGUUCGGCCGGCACGUGGAGAAGGAGAGGAUCAUCAACUUCCUGCUGCACGACGGCGGCGGUCGCCCCGCCGGGGAACUGGGCGUGCUCCCAGUCGUCGGCGCCAUCGGAGCCGGCAAGACGACCCUGGUGCAGCACGCCUGCGACGACGACCGGGUGCGCGGGCACUUCUCCGCGAUCCUGUUCUUCAACUUCUCGUGCACCUACGCCAUCGCCGCGAGCGGAGGAGCAGCUGCCCUCCGGUCCAAACACGUCAUCGGCGACGCUCAGCUCAGCCUGAACGAUGACCCGCUGCGGUGGAUCAAGGGGAAUUUUCAGAGCAAGAGGUUCCUGGUCGUGUUCGAGGACGUCGACGACAUGCGCAGGAAGCAGAUGCUGGAGGAGCUCCUGCUCAAGCUGAGGUGCGCCGAGCAGGGGAGCAAGGUUAUCUUCACGACGAGCAACCGGCAUGUUUCGACAUUGGGGACGGUGGAGCCGGUCGUGCUCAAGGUCCUGCCCACCCCGGAGUACUGGUUCUUCUUCAAGGCGCUCGCGUUCGCCGGCAGAGACCUCGAGGAGAACCCGAGGCUGGUGGCCGCAGGCAAGGCGAUUGCCCGGAAGCUGAACGGGUCAUUCUCCGGAGCUAAGAUUGUGGGAGGAUUGCUCAAGAACUGUCCAGACCCCAGAUUCUGGUGCAAGGUGCUUGCGAGCAACAUUGGGGGCCUCUCUCUGUUGGGUGAUGGCUUUGGUUACAUUGCGGACUUGUCCGAGAACUUGCUGCCGGAUCAUGUGAACGUUUUCCAGGUGACCAUCUCCAAGGCCCCCUUCGCCUCACAGAUAGAGCUGUCCAGAUUUCAGGACCUGUGUGAACCUCGUGGUUCAGAGACCGACUUGGCAGAGAACACCGGCUUUGUGAGAGUACUGCUGUGCAAGUCGGUGAUGCCGUUCUAUAGUACCUACUACAUUGCUUCUUGCACUGUUGGAUCAGGAAACAGUUGUUACGAGCGCACUAUGGUUUCAUCUAAUUUCUCGUUGGAUCAUGUAUAAAAAGUGUUAUGUGAAUUCAAGCUGGUACAUAUCGACUUCAAUCGGCUUGUCCUUGCAGCAGUAAUGAUCACCUGCUUUCCGAAAUCUUAGUGAUGAAGAUGAGGAGGACACAUAACAGUUCCAAAGGAUAGGGGAAUUGGAAAUUUCAGCUUUCAGGAUACCAAAAGUUUCAGUGAGGUCCGGACAGCCUCAUAUGCAUGCAUAGUCAUCCAAAGGGGAGCAGUUUCAGAAUGCUCAGACCAAGUUCAGAGUUUCUUUCUCGAAUAAAAAAACAGGGUUCC